AUGCCAAAAGGAGGAAUUCUAUUGAAAAACAGAGUCCCUGAAAACAUCAUAUUUUGAUUAUCUCAUUUUGAAAUCAGUAUAAACUUUCCUAGGCUCUAUUGAAGUCAAAGGAUUUUAAAUUUUAUAGAUGAGCUACUCCAGCAAGUUUCAACUGGCCACAAGUUUUCUAUCAAAAAGUAUUAUCAUCCUAGUCAAAUUAGUUCUCAGGUAACCAGCUUAUACAUUAAGAGCAUGCAUCUGGGUUUCUUCGUUUUAAAAUUCUGUAUCUCUCAUAAUUCUCUCCAAGUAUUUUUAAUUAUGAGAUAUCAUAACGAUGACCCCCCCUCAAUCUUCAUGUCUAUUGCAACAAAAACGCAAUUUUUUUAAUAUAAAAUUUUAUAUAAAAAAAAUAAUAAUUUUCAUGUCUCUUGCAACAAAUUAUAUACAUUAAAAUGGCGACACGUGUCAACUUGCCCUCUUGGCGCAGCAGUCCAGACCUUAUGGCUACGGCUAAUUUGGACGGACUCCGAUCCGAGAAUCAGACGCAGGCUCAAGAAGUGUGUAUCCGGGUAGGUUUUGGGCUGGUUUCCUGUGGUUGGAAAUGGAGGUGCUCAACAACGUCCUUUGUAUCCGAGACCCAUGGGCAUUCCUCUACUGAGAAACUGGGGGUUUCGGCCCCAGGCCACAGGGGAAAAAGUUUUUUUCCUGUAGCUGUCGAAGAAAAGCACUUUGACACCCGAUAGACUCCAAGGAGCUGAUCCUUGGAAUCAAGCUACUCCAAUCGCCCGUAGCAGGCCGCAGAAAUCCAUAAGCCGCCCACUGAAGACUGAAGCUGCAAGGCAAAGAGGAGACAGAAUGUACCGGAAGAGCACUCGUAAGAGGGAUAGAUUCUCUGGGCUGGAGUCGAAAAGCGGUAGAACCUUCCGUACGGGAGGUCUUUGGUGACUGCGUCACCAAUAUGGCUAGCGCCUGUUUGUAAUAAUCCUAAUCCUCUUGCAACAAAUUUUUGAUUCGCAUCUUAAAUUUUUCCGUACUUUUAGUUAGAUAAGUUUAAUAAAAUGGCGAGCAAUAACAAUAUCCAUCCAAAUCUCGAUGAGAAGGUCAUUGGCAAGCCUACAGCAGCGCUGUUUUAUGUUUUUUUAAGAAACUCACCUAGAGGAAAAUGCAUUAAUUGUUUUUUUAUAAAAAAUGUUGAGUUGCAGUAGGCAUGAAGAUUUUUUCGAAAAAUUUUUGUUGCAGUAGACAUGAAGAUUGAAGGGGGGUCAUCGUUAGUUUAAAAUCCUUCCAAAAUUCUUUCAAAUAUUUUCCAAAAACCAUCCCCUUAUAA